CGAAUUCGGCGAGAACAUCGUCCUAAAGCACUUCCUUCUAACAUGUGAUGUGGACCCGAGGAUGAGGGCCAAAGAGAACAUCAUGCAUUUCUGGAAAAUGCUCAACUCACUGGAAGUGAUUAAGAGGGAAUAUGCCGCCCUCAGGAAAUCUGCGAAGCUGCCUCCUGAUCAUCCAACUCGAGUGCAAAACCGGAGGAAGCAGCUUGAGUAUCUGCGGCUGGAGAAUACUAUCAACCAACAUCUGACCCAGCUUCACCAUGAGUUCCUGAGGGAGCUGAAGCUAAAGAAAGCGGCUGGUAAGAAACAAGCACACAGUCCUGCAGCUGAAGAAGAGGAGGAUGGAGCCCCUGCAGCAGCAGAUGAGGAAGCCCUUGAUACAGAGGACAAGGAAGAGGAAGCGGAAGGAGCUCCCGCUGAAGACCCUGCAGUGGAGGAGAAGAUGAUGGAGGAGCAAGCAGAGGAAGAAGCAGCUCCUGGAGCAGCAGAAGAGGAAGCUCUUGCCUCUCAGGAGAAAGAAGAAGGAGCUGAAGAUAAAGAAGAGGAGGAUGCUCCAACAAAUGAAGAAACAGCUCCUCCCGCUGAACAACAGCAAAUUCCUGAAGAGGAGGAGAAAGAAGAGGGAGCAGAAGUAGGAGGUUCUGCAGAUGAAAAUCAAACCCCUAGAGUGGAGGAGAAGACAACGGAAGAGCAAUCUCCUGCAGUGGAGGAGAAAGAGGAGGGAGUUGAUGGAGAAGAAGAAGCUCCUGAGGUGGAAGAAAUCAUCAAAGACCCUCUGGAGAGGCCGACCCUCCGAAAACAGUUCAGGAAGGCCAUCAUGAAGAUGCUCCGGAGAGUUUGGCAUUCCACCCAAAGACUCACCUGCUGCUGCUGCUGCUGCUGCUGCUGCCGCCGACCCAACACCAUGGCCUGAAUCCUAAAUGAUCCAGGGUGUAAAACCGACUGCCGUUUCUAGGAGUCAGGAAGGAAUUUUUACCUACAGUGCAGAUUGGUCCCCAUAGUACUCUAGGGUUUUUCGCCUUCCUCUGGAUCAUUGGUCGUUAGGGAUGCCCAAAUAUAAAUUAGCUGUUCAUUUUAAUAAAUCCUGUGCUCUCCGACAGG